AUGGCUUCCAAAAUCAUGGUCAUUGGCGACGUAGACGGCCAAUUCAAGGCAGUCUUCCAAAAGGUGAACGCGCUGCACGCGAAGAACAACUUUGCCUUCGCACUCAUUGUUGGCAAUCUAUUUGCCAGCACAGAGAGCUCCAGCGAUGUCACGGGGCGAGAUGUGCAGUCGCUGAUCGACGGCAAGAUCGAGGUUGCACUUCCAACAUACUUCGCUCUUGGCGGCCGUGCCCUACCACCAGCAGCCGUCGAGAAAUUGCAGUCUUCAGAUGAUGAGCUGUGUCACAACUUGCACUUUCUCGGGAAACGAACGACUAUGAAGACCUCAGAGGGCAUUCGCAUUGUCGCACUUGGCGGCCGAAUCGACCCUAACAUCAUCGCGGGCCAGUCCAAAGACAAGUAUCCACCAUUCUACGGCGAAUCAGACGCAAAAACUCUGCGUGGAGCAGCAACAGCGGACAUUCUUGUAACUAGCGACUGGCCUGAGGGCAUCCAGAAGCGAUCAAAGUUCGACCUUGAUGAAGAUGCUUCACCUUCGCAACAGCAUUGUAUUGCCGACCUCGACAUAGUUCUCAAGCCAAAGUACCAUUUUUCGACGUCCGGGAGCAUAUUUUGGGAACGGGAGCCAUUUUUUCACAACCCCAGUGACGACACCGAAAACCUCUACCCAGUCACGAGAUUCAUCAGUCUGGCUAGGUUCGGCAACCCUAAGAAGCAGAAGUGGAUCUACGCCUUCUCCAUAGACCCAAAAGCGAGCAACCCCGUCGCGCCUCCGCCUGGCUCAACGGCUUGUCCUCUCGUCCUAUCAGAGAAGAAACGAGCUGCUCCAGAACCUAGAGAGCAGGCUUUAGUGUACGACGACGACAACCGGGGUGGCAGAAGAUGGAACAAGCGACGCAAGGGUGAGUCGCGAGGGCCAGUGACUGCAUCAGAAUGCUUUUUCUGCCUCGCGAAUGAGAAUGUUGCUACACACCUGGUGACCUCUAUUGGUGAUAGCUCCUACGUGACCACAGCGAGAGGGCCGUUGUCGACAUCACAAACUUACCCCAAGCUUGGGUUUCCUUGCCAUAUAUUGAUCAUUCCGUUCUCACAUCAGCCGACACUCGCUGCGAUGGAGGAAGAGGAGCGACGGGCUACCUACGACGAGAUGCAGAAGUAUCGAGUCGCUGUGAACAGCAUGCUGAAUUCGACCGCUGGUGAGGAGUAUGGCUCUGUGACAUGGGAAGUCAGCAAAGCGAGUCUGCCACACACGCACUGGCAGUAUCUUCCGGUCCCGGCCGAUCUGAUACGAAGAGGUCUUAUUGAAGCUGCCUUCAAGGCAUUGGCCGAAAACUUGCAUUGGCCAGCAUUCUCGAAAGCCGAUGUCGGCGAUGGGAUCGAUGAGACCAGCGAUUUUUUCAGAGUUCUAGUCUGGGAUCCCAAGAACCCCCCAGAUCAGCAGACAAGCUUGGUCCUGCGAUUCGACGACAAGAUACGCUUCCACAAUCAGUUCGGUCGAGAAGUGUUGGCCAAGCUCCUCAGACUGGACAAGAGGAUCGAUUGGAAAGACUGUGGUCAGACGCAACCGCAGGAAGAGCAGGACGUUGAGAAGUUCAAAGAGGCGUUCAGGGCCUUCGAUUUUGCUGAGUAG